AUGGAUAUAUUUGGAAAGCCAAAAGCAAUUGUCUACAUAGUUGAAUUCCAGAAGCGUGGCCUUCCCUACUGUUACAUUUUGUUUUUUAUUCAGCCAAAUGAGAAGCCUCGAUCCUCCGAUGAUAUUGACCAUCAUAUCUCAACUGAGAUACCUAACGAACACCUGCAACCUAAGAUACACAGAUUAGUCCAAAAGUUCAUGGUUCAUGGACCCUGUGGGGUUAUAAAUAGGAGCAGCUCAUGUAUGGUUAACGAAAAGUGUUCCAAGUUCUAUCCAAUGGUCUUCCAUGAGAAAACAGCCAUAGACAGUGCAGGUUUCCCAAAGUAUAAAUGUUCGGAUAAUGGCCAUACAACGAGCAAGAAAAAUGUUAACAUUGACAAUUGGUUCAUUGUUCCCUAUAAUGUGACGUUGCUUCUUAAGUAUGGUUGUCACAUAAAUGUUGAGUACACUUUCCAGACGUCAGCUAUAAAGUAUUUGUUUAAGUACGUGCACAAAGGUAAUGACUGUAUCACAACUUCGUUUUUCCUAUCACAUGGUUCAGAUGAUUCAGCUGUUACUGUGAAUGAAAUCCAAAAUUACUACGAUUGCCGAUAUAUAUAUGCCUGCGAGGCAUCCUGGAGGCUAUUUGGGUUUGAGAUUCAGUUCAAAAAGCCUAACGUCAUACGCCUUCCAUUCCACUUGCCGAAUGAACAGAAUGUUUUGUACGAAGAUCAUCAGCUUAUUGAAAAUGUAAUCGAGACUGCAAUUUCAAAGGAUAGUAUGUUAAUUGGAUGGUUGAAGGCUAACAAGGAUUUUGAUGCUGCCCGUACCCUUAACUACGCGGAGAUGCCGUUGUGUUUUGUUUGGGAUAAGCAGGGGCAUAUAUGGAAGCCAUUUAAAGAAGCCUGUUAUGCUCUCGGGCUGUUACAAGAUGACAGAAAAUUUAUUGAUGCAAUUAAUGAAGCCAGUUCGUGGGCUUCACCAAAUUAUAUCAGGAGGUUGUUUGCAAUGCUUUUGAUGUCAAAUAACAUGGUCCGCCCCGACAUAGUCUGGGAACAAUGUUGGCAACAUUGUGCAGAUGACACGAUGUUUGAUAGGAGACAUAAUUUAGGUGAACACUAUGGCGAAGUAGUUUGUGAUGUUAACCUCUUCUAUUAUGGGUUUAAAUUUCGAGCAUUCACUGAUGAGAUCAAGUCCACCACUCUUGCCAAAAUUGAAAAAUUAUUGCAGCUGAAUGGUAGGACGCUUAAAGAAUUUAUUGACUUGCCGUUUUCGAAUUUGGUGGAUUCCAUUGAAUCUCCUGACACAGUCUACUUUGAUGAGCUCAAUUUCAAUAAGAUCGAGUUGGCAAGUAUUUCUAUUGAUUUAUUUUCCUUCUUGAAUCGAGACCAGCGUGUCGCGUAUGACACAAUAUUCAAUGCAGUCAGUCAUGGCAUAGGUGGUUUUUUAUUUGUUUAUGGAUGUGGUGGAACUGGAAAGACUUUUCUAUGGAAUGCGCUUUCCGCUUCAAUAAGGUCGAAAGGUCAUAUUGUUCUAAACGUGCCAUCCAGUGGCAUUGCAGCGCUAUUGUUGCCUAAUGGGCAAACUACUCAUUCACGCUUUAAAGUUCCACUCAGUGUUAACCAAGAUUCCAUUUUGCUCGACAAGUGCCUUAAGGAUGUUCUUCGUUUUGAUCAUGGAUAUAAUCCUAAUGCUCCAUUUGGUGAAAAAUUUGUUGUUCUGGGAGGUGAUUUCUGUCAGAUAUUGCCUGUGAUUCCUCGUGGUUCCCGGGAAGAGAUUGUUCAUGCGUGCGACGAGUUAUUCGGAGACAGUACUGAUGGCGAAUCGGUGAUUAGAAUACAAGACAACUUGCUAUUGGAUAUUGAGUCUCUGGGUCUCCACGAUUUGGUGUUGUUUGUUUAUCCUGACAUUUUACUCCGUACCUCUAGUGUGGAUUAUUUUAAGGACAUGAGUAUAUUGGCACCAACACUUGAUGUUGUGACUGAAGUUAAUAAUCAUGUGAUGUCUUUGAUCCCUGGCAAUGAAAAGGUUUACCUGGGCUCUAACACACUGCUUAAUGAAGAUGGUCACUUAGAAUCUGAAUUAUACACAAUGAGCACAGAGUUAGUUCUUAAAAUUGAUGUUCCUGUCAUGCUUCUUCGCAAUAUUGACCAAUCUAAUGGACUAUGCAACGAUACGCGAAUGCAAGUUAGGCGAUUUGGUGAUCAUGUCAUUGAGUGCGUCAUAUUAGCAGGUCGUAAUAUUGGUGAAGUUGCCUUUAUCCCAGGAUAA